GAACUUGAGGCGGUCCUUGAGACCCACACACGGACCAUCCGGGAUCAUCCCACUCCAGGCCCCUAUCCACCAUUUACCAAACUUAAAAAUGGCACCCUCCACUUCUUCCAAACUCUUUUCUGUGCUAUUAAUCGCCUUUUCCAUCUCUGUAGUGAGCUCUCAGUAUGAAAAAUACAGCUUCAGGAGUUUCCCCAGGCAUGAACUGAUGCCUCUGGAGUCCGCUUACAAAUACGCACUGGACCAGUACACCGGGGAGAAGUGGCAGGAGACGGUGGAGUACAUGGAGGUGUCUCUGAGGCUGUACCGGCUGCUGCGGGACAGCGAGGCCUUCUGCAACCUUAACUGCAGCUCGGUGAAGCUGGACGACGAGCAGAAGUUUGCGGAGUUUCCAGAGCUGCGGGCGUUUGGUAACGUUAUGAAGAGGGCGCAGUGCUUGAAGCGUUGCAAGCAGGGGCUGCCCGCUUUCAGACAGACCAUGCCCAGCCGGGACACCAUAGAUGAAUUUGAGAGGAGAGAGCCGUACAGGUAUCUGCAGUAUGCCUACUUCAAGUCUGACAACCUGGCCAAGGCCGUGUCUGCUGCACACACCUUCCUGCUGAAACACCCAGAUGAUGAGAUGAUGCAGAGGAAUAUGGCAUACUACAAGAGUCUGCCCGGGGCUGAGGAACACCUCAAAGACCUGGAGACCAAAUCCUAUGAGACAUUGUUUGUGCGUGCAGUGAGGGCUUAUAAUGGGGAAAACUUCCGUACCUCAGUGUCAGACAUGGAGCUGGCUCUGAGGGACUUCUUCAAGGUCUAUGACGAGUGUCUGGCUGCGUCUGAGGGCCCAAGGGACGUCAAAGACUUUAAAGACUUCUAUCCCUCCAUAGCUGAUCACUACAUAGAGGUCCUUCAGAGGAAAGUGGAGUGUGAAAGUGACCUGACACCUGUUGUAGGGGGAUUCGUUGUUGAGAAGUUUGUGGCCACCAUGUACCACUACCUGCAGUUUGCCUAUUACAAAUUGAAUGACCUGAAGAAUGCAGUACCGUGUGCAGCCAGCUACAUGCUGUUUGACCCCAGUGAUGAAGUUAUGAAGAACAACGUGGCCUAUUACAAGUAUCACAAAAGCCAAUGGGGGCUGACAGAGGAGGACUUCCUCCCCAGAUCAGAGGCAGUGCGGUACUACAAUCAGACCACCAUGCAGCUACAGAUGCUGGAGUUCUCCAGACAGAAUCUGAUAAGCGACGAUGAGGGGGAGGUGGUGGAGUUUAUAGAUGAGUUCCUGGAUGAGGAUGAAUAGCCCACGCUGGAAACUCUGCUGAGAAACACUGAAAAACAAACACAAA